AGCUAUAAAAAGACUCCAAAGUCCACCAAAUCUUCCUCUCUCUAAAAAACUCUCUCUCUCUCUCUAUCUCUCUCUCUAAAUCGGAGUCUCUCUCGGUGCCAACGGAGAGAGGUUUUUGUGAAUUAUCAGUAAAAUUGAGGAUUUAGUUGAAGUUGUAAUAUUAAGGCGGAAAUGGGAUCGGAAGGGCCAAAGAGUGUAGUUAUUCACGUCACUGGCUUCAAGAAGUUCAACGUGUUUGCUACCAACCCAACUGAAACAGUAGUUUCUAAUUUAAGAAAAUAUGUUGAAAAGACAGGUUUGCCCCCUGGUGUCUCUAUAGGUAGCUGUACAAUUCUUGAGACGGCUGGAGACGGUGCUUUGCCUGCGCUUCAGAAGCUUCUAGAAUCGAGUGUUUCUAGUGAGAACAACUCCGGUUCCAAGGAAGUUGUGUGGCUUCAUAUGGGAUUAAAUGGCGGGGCAUCAAAAAUUGCCAUCGAGAAACAAGCAGUAAAUGAAGCCACUUUCUCUUGUCCAGAUGAGCUUGGUUGGCAACCAAAGAGGCUGCCAAUUGUCCCGGAGGAUGGAGAAAUAACACGAAUAAGAGAGACUGCUUGCUUUGUUGAUGCCAUUCUGGAGUACUUAAACAACGUCAAAGGCUGUGAUGCAACGAUCUCUGAUGACGCAGGGCGUUUCGUGUGCAACUAUGUAUACUAUCAUUCUCUCCGGUUUGCCGAACGCAACGGUCAUAAAUCCCUUUUUGUACAUGUCCCUCCUUUCUCAAGAAUCAAUGAGGAAACACAGAUGCAGUUCAUGGUAGCCCUUAUGGAGGCCAUUGCUUUUAGUUGUUGAUAUCUUUCAUCUUUCCUUGUUUAUUAAAAACUCCCAUCACUUUUUCUUAUGGUUUGUAUGCUUUCAGAAUGUUUCUUCUGUAAAUCUUUAUGUUUUAAAUCCUCUUUAGAGACUCUGGUUGUGCAUAUUUUUGGUCUUCUUUUUUUA